GAGCAAUGUUUGACCUGAUACUAAACUUUUGUUCUGUAGGGAAUUUAUUACGGGAUCAGGGACACACACACACACACAUCACUCGACAACGAACUUGUUGAAGUGCAGUGUGAUAGCAAGAUCAUGUUGCUGAACGAGGACGUCCUCACAUUGAAUAGAGAUCCUAGUAGUCUUGUAAUCACAAUCUAUGAGUAAAAAGAUCUUCAGAACCUUCGAUACCUUGUUGAUGGUGGUUGCACCGCCAUAGUACCAUAGAUAUUUAGAAGAAAAUGAGUGUUUCCUCGCGGCCUGGUAACCGCCAGUCUAGGGGACCACGUUGCUCGCCUUUCGUAGCUGCAGGCGUUCCGUCAGUGGGUAUUUGGACCGAAACCGAGCGACCGAGGCCACGCUUUCUUUCCGGCGACGAAAGAGCACGUGGCUCCGGCGGAUACAGCGGGAGGUCCUUGCUCGACGGCCGUUCUUCGACCUCUAGUCGCCUUGCUGGUGGUGCAAAACAGAAAGGGGGCCGCAACUUACAGCUCGACCAUUACGAUACCUGGGUCCCGCUAUCAUUAGGGAAUGCUGGGCAGAAACAUGACGUGGAGCUGUCCCGUGAGAGCUUGGCAGAGUUUGGUCGGACCGCUCGAUACAUGGCACCGCGUGAGGCGCAUCGCGCAGAGCAACUUGCUAAAGUUCGAGCCCAAUGGUCGUAUGCACGCCGCUUGUAUCUGCAGUUCUUCCUGUUGCCGAUUAUCAAAGUCGGCCUUGCCUGGCAUCCUGUGCGGAAAUUCGCGAAGCAAGCCAUGGAUCGCGCCACGCAAGCCAGAAAAUGGAUGGUAAUCACACAUAAUUAUCAACAGAGAGGCACCGAAUGUUAGGCCUCUCAACAAAAAACACCUAGUAGGAUGGAGUCUUUCACCAUUCACGCUUUCUGCGCAGUGGGUUUCAUCCAUAUCGACUUGUAGUUUUCCCAUCCAUUAUAGGAUGUAUGGAGCUUGACUAGAUUCGAAUCCUGUUUCCUUCUACGCAGGCCGUGGAGAGAAUUGCGGAGCAUAUAAAAUCGCUGAAGAGAGAGGCUUUCUACGCGCUUUUUGAACGCGCAGCGCGCGUUGUUGCCUCCGUGACGAUUCAGACGCAGCUCGCGCGGCCAUUUGUUGCAAAGCAGCGGACGAAGUGUCGGAGGCACCUUCUCGGCGCAGCGCGCAAGAUGCACGAGGCCUGGACGAAGGGGGUCCGGCAGAAGCGACGCACGCACCUGACAGAAAAAAAGCGUUUGCAGCAGGUUUGGGGCGUCUUAGAAGGAAGUCUGCAAACCUUAACCGCACGCAAAGAGCUUUUGUUGAUGGCAGAGGAACGGGAAAGCCGUAAGGUAAAAAGUGGAAACGGAACAGGCCCUGCCGCGUCUGGUGAAUACGACAGACGGACUACUAUACAGCAAGAUGGCAGGUCGAGUCGGGUCACACUGCAGCCUUCAGAUUCCGCGGCCGACGACGGGACGUUGACUGAUGGGACGAGGCCACUUCAUUCACCCCGAACGCCUGAAGAUGCGCUGCUGCUG